AUGUUUGAAGGAUUCACACCCUUUACUGUGCAAACAGAGUCCCAACCCGACACUGUAUCCAUAUCUGGCCUCAAAAGCGACAACUCCAUUGCUGCCUUGCCGACGCUCCUCCUCCUGCAUGGCUUUCCGCAAAACCACCGAAUCUGGUCUCGGGUAGCACGCCUGCUCACUGGCAAGUACAACAUGGUUGUCAUGGAUCUCCGCGGCUACGGGGCGUCCUCCAAGCCCGAGUCCGUCGCGGCUUAUGCAAAGAGCGCCAUGGCUCGCGAUUGCGUGGCCGUCAUGGACGCUCUCGGCUACAACAACACUGGUGGUUUCUUCGUAUGCGCCCAUGACCGAGGCGCCCGCGUCGCGCACAAGCUUUGCGUCGACUACCCAGAGCGCGUGAAAAAACUUAUACUGCUCGACGUCUGUCCCACGCUGGCCAUGUACAGCAAAACCAACAUGGAGUUUGCCACGGCCUAUUUCCACUGGUUCUUCUUGAUUCAGCCAGAGCCGUUUCCGGAAAUGCUGAUUGCGGCCAGACCGCAAGAGUUUGCGCAAAAGUUCAUGGGCAGCCGCCAGGUGCAAGGGUUGAACAUUUUUGACAGCUUGUCCUUUGACUCGUAUGUACAGGCUCUCGGUGAUCCGGCCACGAUACACGCAAUGUGUCAGGAUUACAGGGCAAGCGCCUCGUUGGAUUUGGAUGAGGCGCGGGAUGAUCUUGCAAAUAAAAAGCUCAUCAGAUGCCCUUUAAAGGUGUUUUGGGGCGAGCAUGGGGUCAUUGAAAAAUGUUUCAACGCGGUGCAGGAAUGGCAAGCCGUCACCGCCGAGGGUGUCGUGGUUGAGGGACGCAGCGUGGACUCUGGCCAUUAUAUCCCAGAGCAGAUUCCGGAAACUAUAGCAGCUGAAAUUGUCGAGUUUCUCUGCGAAGAGUAA